GCAUAUAACACUUGUAGAAACAUUUUUAGUACUCAAAUAUGAAAAGUUCUCUAAAGUCUUCUCUUCUUCUCUUUCAGAUUUUCUUGUUUUCCUUUCUUCCAUUAAAGAUCAGAGCUUCACCAAGAACACAAGCAGAAGCUCUUAUACAAUGGAAGAGUAGCUUAUUUUUUUCACCACCUUCCCUAAAUUCAUGGUCCACCGACAAUAUUGGCAAUCUCUGCAACUGGACUUCUAUCAACUGCGAUAGCUCCAUGGGAAUGGUAUCUCAAAUCAACCUCAGUAGUGCAAGCAUAACCGGAUCACUAGCCCAGUUCAACUUUACCCCAUUUUCCAAUCUGACCCUCUUUGACCUCCACAAUAAUAGUCUUGUUGGAUCAAUACCACCAGCCAUUGGCAGCUUGUCCAAACUCACUUACCUGGACUUGAGCAACAAUGGUUUGGUAAAUAUUGUGCCAAUAGAGAUAGGGCAGUUAACAGAGCUUCAGUAUCUCAGCCUAUUUAACAACAGUCUCAAUGGAAGCAUACCUUAUCAGGUUAGUCAUCUUCAAAAGGUAUGGUACUUAGACCUUGGAUGGAAUUACUUAACAGAUCCAGAUUCGUCCAAAUUCUUGGACAUGCCUUCGUUAAUUCAUCUUGGAUUUUCCAAUGAUGCACUCAUAUCAGUUUUCCCCCCUUUCAUCACCAAUUGUCCAAACCUUACUUUUCUAGACUUGUCAAUCAAUUCCUUGAUUGGCCCAAUACCAGAAUCAGUGUUCACCAAUCUAGGUAAGCUUGAGGCUUUCAAUCUUAGUCAUAAUUCAUUCCAAGGUCCACUGUCACCAAACUUUUCCAGGCUUUUUAAUCUUGUAGCCCUUGAAUUGGGAGCCAAUCAAUUUAGUGGUCCAAUUCCCGAUCUAAAAGGCCUUACAUCACUAGAGACCCUUAAUGUUUCACAUAAUCAUCUCUUCGGCAGGAUCCCGUCGAGCUUAUCUAAUGUGAGUAGUCUCCACACGUUUGAUUUCUCCUAUAAUGAGUUGACAGGUCCAAUUCCAGCUGGUGGACAGUUCCAGAAUACUUCGAGUGAAGCAUUUGUAGGAAACUCAGGUUUGUGUGGAAAUGUUGAUGGUUUGACCCCUUGUAGUUUGAGUUCCAACAAUAGCAAGCCCAACAAGAUUAAUACCAAGAUUCUUAUUGCUAUCCUUGUUCCUCUUUGGGCCCUUUUAGUCCUAAUAUCAAUUGCUGUGAUGAUUCUAUUGCGUUAUGGUUAUAACAAACUGCAUGAUGAGGAGGCCAAAAGUAGUAAAACCUCUAAGAGUUUUGAGACAAUGAUAUGGGGAAGGGAAAGGAAAGUCACGUAUGGUGAAAUUGUAAGAGCUACAGAAGAUUUUGAUGAUAACUACUGCAUUGGAAAAGGAGGAUUUGGAAGGGUUUACAAAGUCUUGUUGUCCAGAGAUCAAGCAGUUGCUGUUAAAAAACUCAACAUAAAAGACUCCAGUGAUAUCCCAGCUACAAAUCGCCAGAGUUUUGGGAAUGAGAUUCGUGUUCUGACAGAAAUUAGGCACCGAAACAUCACUAAGCUAUAUGGAUUCUGUUCGACAAGGGGAUGCAUGUAUUUAGUUUAUGAUUACGUUGAGAGAGGAAGUUCGAGAGAUUUACUGUAUGGAUUCGGAGGAGUGGAUCUGGGAUGGGCUCAAAGGGUGAGAAUUGUGCAAGGAUUUGCUCAUGCCCUCGCAUAUUUGCACCAUGACUGCUCUCCACCCAUUGUUCACGGACAUAUAUCUUUGAAUAACAUCUUGCUUGAUUCAGGACUAAACGCAAGGCUCUGUUUUGACACUCCAAGGUUGUUGGGUCCAAAUUGUUCCAACUAUACAAUAGUCUCUGGAUCUUAUGACUAUACCCAGGCCCCAGAGAUUGCGCUUGCAAUGCGAGGGACAGAUAAAUGUGAUGUUUAUAGCUUUGGGGUUGUGGCAUUAGAAGUUAUGAUGGGUAGGCAUCCGAGGGAGCUGCUGGACUCAGAAAACAACGAACUACUUGUGCAGAAGGUGCUAGACCCUCGACUCCCAUUUCCCACCGGCCAAAUUAAAGAGGAAGUCGUGUUUGUUGUCAAGAUAGGCUUAGCUUGCACAAGAAAAGUGCCAGAGUCCCGACCCACCAUGCUUUUUGUGGCACAAGAAUUGUCCGCAAGAACACAAGCCUAAUGGAAGAGUGAAUUUUACUUGGAUGCUCAAUAAUGGUUUAAUUAUGUUAGACGCAUUGCCAUUGCCUAUUUACCCCUUGUGUUGGAGUGCAUCUAAAGCAUGGGUUAUAGCCUAUUUUCCAAAGAAAAAGAAUAAUGUUAUAUGUAUUGGAGCAUGUGCUGUGAUUUGCCUUCUUGUAUUUUAAUAUAUAUUAAUAAAAUGAUAUCAGAUAA